GUUUUCUUUCAUUUACUUGGAUCCCGCCACACGGUUGACGUCUCCAACGCCGUAAACUCAUUUCAGAUAUUUUCAUUGACAAGUCUUCGAUAUGACUCCCAGCCGAAAAAAAGUCACUAAAAAUGACACAAAUUCUAAUCCUAAAUACAAAAAACAAAAAGUGGAAAACAAGGUGUACAUAGUUGAAAAAGUUUUAGAUAAAUGUGUAAGGAAUGGCAAGGUGGAAUACUUUCUCAAAUGGAAAGGUUACAGUGAUUCGAAAAAUUCUUGGGAACCUAUUGAAAAUCUUAAUUGUGAAGAUUUAAUUAACAUUUUUGAACGUGAAAGAAAAAGCAAGCCAUCGAAUUCAAUUGAUUUAGAAUCUUCUGAUGAGGAUGAAUCUGAUGAUAAUACUGAGCAACAGAAAGUAGCAGAAAAAGUUGUGUCUAUUGAUAAAAUACAUAACCAGAUUAUGUAUCAUAUUAAAUUUAAAGGAAUUAAAAAACCUGUGGCAAUAAAAAAAACAAAUGCCGAACAAUUAUACUCAAAACUCAUUAUCAAAUACUAUGAAAAUUGUUAUUUCCAAAAUAAAUAA